AUGCCUACCCUCAUAGAGGGUAAUACCGGGGCAAUCAAGGGUAUACAUCAGCCGUUGGCUAUGCUGAUGCAUAGGUACGAUGGCACCACCAUGAGAGACAGCGUCUAUGAACAUAUGAUACUCAAUAAAUUCGACGGCACCGCUCAGGCGAGGACCCCAAGGGAGUCGAUAGACAUACCGUCUAAUGUAUCUAUGGCCCCUAACACUAUAAACACAACCUCUGCAAAUACCUUCACGACGGCAAAUCAGCAUGAUGAUGUUGGACACCCUGAUAUCGAGCAAUAUAGCCAUGGAUGUUACAUCACCACGGGAUCGCGACCUAAAAGGUUAUGGUGUCAACAAAUAGCAGUGGAGGGUAACUUUGCCGUCGGGGUUCACUACCAGGCUGUAUAUGGGAAGACUGCCUGGGAACCUCCACUUGAGAGGCUGAAUUCCCUAUACCAACAUCGUCUUGGGCAGGAGUUCAUGGUCGUGAUUCAUAUCCUUAUGGGCAACCAGUACUACAUCUUCCUCCUUGCCCAUACCGUUUAUCGUCCUCCUGACGUCCUGACCCACUCCACGUAUGCUUGCAGGGCGUUGACGGGCUUAGUUACAACCAGCAUGUACAGGAACGGGUCCAGUUCUCCCAUCAGCAGGCUAUUAUUCUUUCUCUCCAUAGUAUCAAAGGAUGAGGUCUUUAUGAUUGCCCACCGCGGUCGCGGCGCGUACCUCAGUCUCAGUUUCACGGCGGUAUACUCUGAGUAUGCAGAGGAUGAUAUUGCGUACCAGAAGAAUACAGUAAUGUCGGUGCAGAAGUUUAUGACAAGAUUCUCACGCCUGGAUAGACAAUCAACGAGGGCAACACAAGGUGCUCUCAACGAGAGGUUGAGGAUUGUGGCCACUUUGCCCAAGCCGUACACCAUGAAACACACCAUGUUGCCGGUGAUACGACGACGAACUACUGGGGGUAUUGUCGUUAGUGACGAUCACAAUGCCGCCAACAACGACAUUGACACUGAGUUGGACCUCGACCCAGCUAGAAGCGAGUUGUCUAAUCUCGCACAACCGCAGGCCCAAAAUUUAGGCGUUCAAGAAGAAACUCGGCCACUUCUGCCACGGGCUACGACAACAACAGAAGCCUCUGAGCAGAAUGAUAGUCAAAAUUGCUUCAUUGACCAAGCUCCCGGAGCAUGGUUUUGA